CCUGGGGAAAAAUUAACUUGCUCAUUGUAGUUCAUGUAAGGCCGUGGUUAAAGGUGAAUGUUCAGAAGGCAGCACGCCCAGUUUAAACCAGUGAUAAUCAGCAUGGGAUUCGCCAGUCAGGACUGUGAUUUUCAUUCACCGUGCCAGUUAUCAGUGCAAUGGAUGCUGUGUGCUAAGAGAGAACGCGGAAGACGUCGAUAAAUAAUAUAAAGACCUGGAUGUAGAUAUAUUUCUUCUACCGCUCUGCCAUUUAUGUUGUGUGUCACAGGGCGGCUGGGGAGAUGGCUACGCGGAGGUCAGUGCUGCUCGCCGGCCAUUGGGAGACGCUGAUUCGGCUGUCUGUGCUGUUGCCUGUCAGGGUCACCCUCGGUCAGAAGAUGGUUUGGCAACGCGGCAUGACGGGUGCGGUUCGAGGGAGGGCCACCUCCGCUCCUGCGCCCACGCUGAUGGCCACGCCCACUCGAGCGCUCAUGGACGAGCCGGUAGUGCUGGAGGCGCGUCACCUGACCCCGCGCUGCCCCGUCACGGUGCGAGCCCGCCUGCGCUGUGAGGAGGGGGACCUGUGGGAGGCACUGGCACAUUAUUACGCAGACGGGAACGGGGUCUUGAACCUGUCACGGGACGAGGCCCAGGGGGGGUCGUACACUGGCUGCGAGCCCAUGGGCCUGUUCUGGAGUCUGUUUCCAGCACCUGGGGAGAGGGAGGGGCUGAGGCUGAGGAAGAAGAAUGUGGAGACUCCAUACACGUUCCAGGUGUCCCUGCUGAACGGGCACGUGUCAUCGCACGGCGUCAGGUCACAUGAUGAGGGGGAGGAGCUGGCUGCGGUGACUGUGGAACGCUGGUACACAGCCCCCGGGGUGCGCAGGAUCGACAUUCGGGAAGAGGGGCUGGUGGGAACCCUGUUCUUACCCCCAGGUCCAGGGCCGUUCCCUGCGGUUUUGGACUGCUGGGGAAUGGGGGGCGGUUUGGUGGAGUACCGCUCCGCCCUGCUGGCCUCCCGGGGCGUAGCCAGCUUCGCUCUGGCUUACUUCGGCCACAGAGACAUUCCCGGGCCGCUCGAUGCGAUCAACGUGGGAGACGACUACAUCCAGGCAGCGUUCCAGCUGCUGCAGAAUCACCCUCAGGUGUGCGGGAGCCGGGUGGCCGUGCUGGGGCUGUCCUACGGGGCCUACCUCGCCCUGCGCAUCGCCACUCAACUGCCCGUCAACCCUCGGUGCAUAAUUGCAAUAAACGGGCCGAUCGGGUCCACGGCCCAGGGCGUGGAAGCCGAUGGGAAAGUGGUGAGCUUCGGAGCGUCUAAGGUAGUGUACAGCCAUGACCUUCCAGGCUACGUGGAUUUUAAACGGGCUACCCUUCCCGAAUUUCUUCCUCUAAGCACCAAAAUUAAGGUGGAGAACCUGCGCUGCCCCCUGCUGUUGGUCACUUCCGAAGACGACAUCAGCUGCUCGGUUUUGGAGAACGCAGCCCAGAUAAAGGAGGGACUGCAAGCUUCCAAUAAAUCCCACCUGCUCACCUGGGUGUCGUACCCUGGCGCGGGUCACCUGCUUGAACCUCCAUACUCACCGCAUGCCCGCAUCUCACUGUGGACCAUGCGGCCUACCAAAUUGAUGGUUUGCUGGGGUGGACACACUGCACCUCAUGCAGCCGCUCAGGAAGAUGCCUGGAAGAAGGUUCUGGAUUUCCUGGAGUGUCAUCUCAGAGGGGGCAAUUAGCCUUUCUUUGACGCCAGCUUACCAAGAAUCUUUACGAGUGCAAAUGACAGUUAUAUUGGAUGUAAUUUUAAUUUAUUGUAUAAUGCUUCUGAGGGAGCCUCAUUCCAUGUGAAAUGUGUUAUAUCUGUGAAACAAUGUUUUGUAUAUUUUUUUGUUAUUAAAGUGUUUAUUAAUGUAUGUAAACAUAAGAGAAUCCACUGGUAAAGGAUCCACAAGACUGGCUUCCGUUUGGACCCAUGAGUAAUCCUGUGUACCCAAAGACCAUGACACUAGAUUUCUUAGUUAGGCUGAACAAAAAUAAUAAUGGAUGUUGGGGUUUGGGGACGCAAAGACCCCCCAAUGGGCUCUGGCUUCAAUAGGGUUGUUAAACUAAUAUGUGGCUUUUUAUGCAAGUGUACUUGUUAAGAGAUUUUAAAAAUGAAGAUGAUAAGUAACAUGGUAAUAUGUGGAAGAGAAAAUUGAGUCUUGGAAGAAGAUUCAUUAUUACAACAUUGAUUCUUCCUAACAGAGAUAGUGGUUGAGUCCUCCAAUUAUGCAUAUCCAUUAGAGGCAAACAUUCGAUUAAAAAUGUAUUUUAUAUCCCGUAAAUCUGGCAACUUUCUCUAUUGUAUUAUGUAAGUAUGGCAAAAAGAAAAUUCUGGGUCUUUUAUAUAUAAAACGAUAUCAUCUGCAUACAGGGAUAUUUUAUGCUUAGUAUUAUUCAUCUUGAGUCUUUUAAUAUUGAUAGUGCCUCGUACAAAGUUUCUGUCAGCAUUGCAAAUGGUACAGGUGACAAUGGGGGCACCCCCCCCCCCCCCCCCCCCAACAACGUGAACAACAAUGCCAGGCGUGUUUAGAAAUAUUAUAUUCUUAUGUAAAAUUCCUUUGUAUUUGGAAUAAACCAUCUGCAAACCAAUGAACAACA